CUGGCCAGCCAGCCCUCAAUCUCCAUGGCGUCCGAGAUUGGGUUCCUGGGCAGGAGACUGCUCACCUCCUGCUCCAUUCGUGGGACUUGCUCACAGGCCUCACAAGCCAUUCGCCAGCCGCUUUGGGCGCAGCCGCGUAACUUCUCGACCUCUGUUAUCCGCUUCAACAACGAACCGUCCUCCUUCGCCUCCAAGCCUGCCACCAAGGAGCCCACCGUGCCGAACACUCCCGCCCAGACGUCGACCCCCCGCCUACCCUUCUCGAAGACGGCAGCCCCUCGCAGCAAAAAGGCCGACUCUCCUUACGCGUACGAUGCCACAUCUGACGGGUUCGACAUAGCCAAACUCAUCAAUUUUGAACACGACGACUUCCUUCAAAAACACUACCCAGCGACAGCGCGCACGCCAGAGAUCCGAACUCGCCCCGCGACGGGACGCACGUUCCAAGUCACUGCCGGCCGAGACUUCUUCACCGCUAUCAAGACGCUCGAGAUCAAUGUCGCCAAAAACAGAAUCAAGCGCCUGUGGCAGAUGCAGAAGCGACAUGAGCGUCCGGGAUUGAAGCGCAAGAGACUCAAGGCUGAGAGAUUCAAGAGGAGGUUUAAGGAGGGCUUCUCGGCAACCGUGAGGCGGGUGCAGGAAUUGACGAACCAGGGGUGGUAG